AUGGCAUCUCCCGUGAAAGAAUUGUGUGAUAGCUCAGAUUCGAAGAAACGCAAAAUUGAGGAACCUGCUUCAGAUUCAAAGUCACUCAAGGGGUUUUCUAUUCAAAGGGUUUUAAGGGAAGACCAGCGCACUAAAUUUGUAUGUUUGGAGGGUAGAUUUAACGGGAGCGAAGAUCUUGCAGUAGUCCUUUUGGAGAAAGAGCCUUUUCCUAAACAAAGCUUUCCAAGGCUUCUGUCAUAUGAAACGACUUUAAGAGAGACGCUUAAGAAUGAUAUUUACAGUACCUAUGAAGCAACACCACCAACAGACUUAUCAGGUUUCAAGACUACUGUGAUAUAUCCGGCCACACAGAAGCACGUAGACAAAUACUCUGAACAUGACCAGUAUACCAUCAGAGAGACGCCUGCUCUGUAUGAGAAAAUCACACUACCAUGUCUGGAGAGUAGUAAUUUCAGCAUGCAGUGGGUAUACAACAUCCUGGACAAGAAGAGUGAAGCAGAGCGGAUUGUGAUGGAGGAUCCGGACGCAGACACUGGGUUUGUGCUAUUGCCAGAUAUGAAGUGGGACGGAAAAGACGUAGACAGUCUCUACCUUGUAGCUAUAGUACACAAGCGGGGGAUCAAGUCGCUGAGAGAUCUCGGUCAACAACACUUGCCACUGCUUAAAAAUGUACUGGAGAAGGGAACAAGUGCUAUACAGGAGAAGUAUUCCGUGCCCAAGUCCCAGCUCCGCAUCUACUUCCACUACCAGCCCUCAUACUACCAUCUGCACUUUCACAUCACCCAUCUACACGAAGCUCCAGGAUUUGAUGCCUUGCGGGCCCAUUUGCUGGAGGACGUCAUCGAUAAUAUUGAAACAUGCAAUGACUACUAUCAGAACAAGUCGCUGAGUUUCACUGUGAGAGAAAACCAGCAGUUGUACAAAGACUAUGAGAAAUAUGGCUACUUUAAAUGAUGGUUUGGGAUUGUAUGUUAUACACUCUAAUCUUCUAAGUUAGAACAUGUUCUUGUGUUGAUCACAAGAGGCUACGAUGAGGUGGUCAGGCUUACUUAGUUAAUUGUGUGUCAGUAGGCCUGUAAGUCUCGCGAAGCGCUACUUCCGGUACUAAGCUGGUUCCCGGCUCCUUUUGCGAGCACCAACUUGCGAUACACGAGACGGGGCCCAGCUUACUUCUGGUAGCAGAUUUCCGGUGACAAGCAUAUAUUCAAGAACCAGUUCUGGUUCCAAAUUGCGCGACCGCCA